AAAAAAUCUCCAUAAUCACUACACUCAGCUAUUCUUCCAUUUCUACUCUCACAUUUUCCAACCAAAGCUUUAACUCUUUCCAAGCUGGCUAGUUUUCCAUCAUUGAAGAGUCAUGAGAAAUGUGGUUUUGUUUUCAUUCAUUCUUUUGUUUGCUCUUCUCAUCUUUUGUGCUAAUAGAACCAUCAAAAGUGAAGAAAGAUCAUGGAUAGUUAAUGAAGCACAAUCUUUUUAUUACCAUGUCAAAGCUAAUGAACAUGUUUGGCCAGAUAUAAGACUUGGAUGGCAAAUCAUUGUUGGUACCUUGAUUGGAAUCUUUGGAGCUUCAUUUGGAAGUGUAGGUGGAGUUGGUGGUGGUGGCAUCUUUGUUCCAAUGCUAAUCUUGAUUAUUGGAUUUGAUGCAAAAUCAGCAACUGCUAUUUCAAAAUGUAUGGUUACUGGUGCUGCAAUAUCAACAGUAUUCUUCAAUUUGAAGCUAAGGCAUCCAACACUUGACAUACCAAUGAUUGACUAUGAUUUGGUGCUUCUUAAUGCACCAGUUAUAAUUCUUGGUAUUAGCAUAGGGGUUGUUUUAAGUGUAGUAUUUGCAGAUUGGAUGAUUACUGUUCUACUAAUUAUUGUCUUCAUAGUGACAUCAGUAAGGGCUUACUUAAAGGGUCUUGACACAUGGAAUAAGGAAACCAUAAUAAAAGAGGAGGCUGUGAAGUCUUUGGAGUCUAAUGCUACUACAAGUGAAGAUGUGGAGUACAAGUAUCUACCUAGUUGUCCAGAUGAUGGGCCUGAAAAGGAAAUUAAACAAGUAACCGUAAUCCAGGGGACCAUUCUUAGCAAUAUUCGUUGGAAGGAAUUUGGACUUCUUUGUUUUGUUUGGUUUUCAGUCCUUCUCUUACAGAUUGCCAAGAAUUAUACAACUAGAUGUUCAAUCACAUUCUGGAUAUUUACUUUCUUACAGAUACCAGUUACUGUAGGGGUUUCUCUAUACCAAGCAACAGGCCUAUAUCAAGGGAAGAAGAUCACUAUUUCCAAACAAGAUCAUGGCACACAUUGGCCUUUGCAUCUUCUAGCUCUAUCACUUUCUUGUUCCUUGCUAGCUGGAAUUUUAGGUGGACUUCUUGGUGUAGGUAGUGGAUUUGUCAUGGGCCCUUUGUUUAUUGAAUUGGGAAUUGCUCCACAGUUAGCAAGUGCCUCAGCCUCAUUAGGAAUGACAUUCACAGCAUCUAUAUCUGUUGCACAGUAUUACCUCUUGAAACGUUUUCCUGUUCCUUAUGCUCUCUACCUCACCCUAGUGUCUACCAUUGCAGCAUACAUAGGACAGAAAAUCAUUGACAAGCUUGUCAAUAUCUUUCAAAGAGCUUCCUUGAUUAUCUUUGUUUUAUCCUUCACAAUUCUUGUUAGUGCAAUUGCACUAGGUGGAGUAGGAAUAUCACGCAUGAUUCAGAGGAUUCAGAAUAAUGAAUACAUGGGAUUUGAGGAGUUUUGCUACUAGUAUAUGAUGAAUUUUUUCUACAAGUAUAUAUAUGAUGCAUAGAGAGGUUCAUGUAUUUAUCUAAGUUUUGGCGUUAUUAUUGUUUGCCUUCUCCACACACGAAGAGUCAGAUAUGUUGUUUUACUCAAUAUACAAUGAUUGGGGAAUUUUUUAUUACUUGAAGCUAUACUAUAAAUGAUUACAUGUUAUAUGUUCUGUUCUGUCAUACUCAUACCAUGCAGAGAAGAGAUGACUUAUUUUAUUUGAACUUAGGCUAUUAAUGAUAUAUUAGAGUGGAAGCUAUGAAUUUGGUUUGUCCCCAUGAGAUGUGUCGUGUCAUUAUGGCAUCAAUUAUAUAUAUA